ACACCAAAUUGACGGAGGAAGUCCUGAACACUCAGCUGUUGAACGAGAAGAACGAGCAGACCACCCUGCAGGGAGAAAUCGAAAAGCACAAGGAACUCAACGGAGUGGUUAUCUUCGUGUAUCCUAAAGCAGACACACCAGGCUGUACCGAACAGGCCAAGCUGUUUAAGGAGAAGUUUGAGGAGUUCAAGUCCAAUAACUAUGCAGUGUAUGGAUUAUCCGCCGAUUCAGCUGAUGCGCAGCUAAAAUGGAAGGAGAAGCUGGAACUACCCUUCGAAUUGCUCUGCGAUGUGGAGAAGAAAGUACUGAAGGAAAUGGGAUGUCUGAAGGAGGAUGAUCGAAUAGCCAGAUCACACGCUGUGAUCAAGAAUGAUUCUGUAGUGUCCUAUUUUAAAAAAGGAGUCAAGCCAGGGAUGUCCGCAGAAAAUGUUUUGAAAUUUAUCAUCAAAGGAGAGAAAGAUGAGGAUGACGCAGAGACAGAUGCAAAGGCAGAAGAUGAUGAAAUGGAAGGAGCAGAUGAUGAUGACGAUGAUGCAGGUCAGAAGGAUGCAGAAGGUGCGGACAUUAAUGGAGACAUCAAAGGAGAAGGAAAAGGAGAGGCAGAAGAAGGAGAUACCAAAGUAGAAGGCACAGAAGGUAGUGGAGGAGGAGAUGGUGGUGAAAAUAACAGUCCUGAAGAUGAAGGAAAGAAUGAUGAAAAUGGAAAAGAAAAGAAAGUUGCUCCUUCAGCUGGAUCGAAGAAAUCAAAAAAUGGUACUUCUGCAGGAGGAGGAAAUGCAGUAAAGAGCAAAAAGAAGGCCUCCAAAAAAAAUAAUAAUGGAGGAAAUAAAAAUAGCAAAGCGGCCAAGAAAGGAAUUAGUGUAAAAAAAGAAAUAAAAAAAAAAUGA